UGACGAGAUUCUGCUUCCAAAACCACAAGGUUGGAAUCAUACAGCGUGAAAACCAUAUCGAUAAAAAUAACGAUAAACAAGGUCCGCGCAAUUAGUUGGAUCCAACGAAGAAAAUGGGGCGACGUGCGGAUGUAUCAAACGAAAAUAGGAAAAAAAUAGUGAGGUCCUACCUGGACCGGACCAGUAUAGGACAAAUUGCGAGGGACAUGAAUAUCCACAAAAGUACGGUGUCCUGCAUAGUAACAAAAUAUUUAAAGACCGGAUCGUAUUGUAAAGAACGACGGCAACGAAAUACACCAAAGAAAUUAAACGAUAAACAGAUAGAGGCCAUCCGAAUGUGGGUCGAGCAAGAUUUGUACAUCUCUUUGCAAGCCAUUGCCAAUCGGUGUUUGAGGGAAUUUGGAGUGGAAGUAAGCAAAACCACCGUGGACAAAUAUCUCAAAACUGUCUGUAGGAAUAGUCAAACCGCAGCUGCAAAAGCAGUCAUGACGAGCGCGGAUAAUGCCAUGAGCAUCAACCAAGAAAAGCAAGAGGCUGCAUCGACCAGCACUUUGACGAUAGGAACGCACGAUGGAAUCUUCCACUGCGAUGAAGUGUUGGCCUGUUUUAUGCUGCAACAGCUACCGCAAUAUGCAACGGCACAGAUCGUUCGAACCCGGGACCAGAAGUUGCUGGACCAAUGCGACAUCGUUGUGGACGUGGGCGGAACGUUUGACCGGGACCGGCACCGAUACGAUCACCAUCAGGCAUCCUUCAACGAAACUUUCCGUUCUCUGCGACCGGAGCUGGGCAGUCGGUGGGACAUUCGGCUCAGUUCGGCUGGCCUGGUGUAUACCUUCUUCGGAGAGGAAGUGCUUAAGGCGAUCCUGGAGCAGAAACUACCGUCCGCAGUUAAUCCGGAAUGUUUACGUGCCGUGUACCGGAAGAUUUACGAUGGUUUGAUCAGCGAAAUAGAUGCAAUCGAUAACGGGGUGCCAAUGUUUGAGGGCGGUGAGCCACGUUACAACAUCUCGACACAUCUUAGCGCCCGUGUCGGUUCGUUCAAUGCUGCCUGGAAUGAGCCACAACCGGCGCCAAACAGUUUGGAACGAUUUGAAAAGGCAAAAGCAUACGUUGGCAAAGAGUUCGUCGAUAAAAUUAUGUAUUAUGCUGAGAGCUGGUGGCCAGCCCGUGAUUUGGUCACCCGGGCACUGGCUAAUCGAAAAUCAGUGCACGAGUCAGGAGAAAUUUUGGAGCUAGAGCAGUUUUGUCCCUGGAAGGAGCAUCUGUACCAGCUGGAAGAGGAGCAGAAUCUUCCGGGGGUAGCUAAGUACGUGAUUUACUUCAACCGCGAAAACGAUUGGAGGGUCAUAUGCGUACCCAACCAGCCGUCCAGCUUUGUUUGUCGUAAGUUUCUGGCCAAACCAUGGCGUGGAAUAAGGGAUGAAGCGUUGGAGCAGCUGUCCGGAAUACCUGGGGCUAAUUUUGUUCACCAAAGUGGGUUCAUUGGCGGGAACAAGACCCGCGAAGGUGUAUUACAAAUGGCGGUAGACAGUUUGGCGGCUCCUGAAGAAAAGUAAAACAGUCUUGGUAAAACGUGGUGCUAGUUUCGAUGCGAACGUUUAUGAUAUUCAAGAAAAUAAAUAGAUGUUAAACUAUAGA